AUGCUCUGCAGCUCUGCAGAGUCACGUCCCGUUACGCUUUGCAGAGCCAAGAAAUUCGGCAAACAAAUACAGAAGCGCCAACUCGAAGUUCCCGAGUAUGCGGCAAGCUUUGUCAAUUACAAGGCCUUGAAAAAGCUCAUCAAGAGGCUAUCAGCCACACCCACCCUCAGCGCACAAACCAUCCCACAUCGCUCGGCCACCCCCAUAGAUUCGCAGGCAGCGUUGCAGGCCAACCGGGCAACAUUUUUCUUCCAGCUUGAACGAGAGCUCGAGAAAGUCAAUGCCUUUUAUCUUCAAAAAGAGGCCGAGCUCAAAGUUCGCCUCAAAACACUCCUAGACAAGAAGAAGGUUCUCCGUUCACGGGGUGCAGGCGUCUCUCGGCGCUCUGCCAAGUUUACCACCCUGCAGGAGGGGUUUCAGCAGUUUGCAAAUGAUUUAAACAAGCUGCAACAAUUUGUGGAAAUCAACGGCACUGCAUUUUCCAAGAUUCUCAAAAAAUGGGAUAAAACGUCAAAGUUGAAGACCAAGGAACUCUACCUCUCGCGUGCUGUCGAGGUGCAACCAUUUUUUAAUGCCACUGUCAUCAGUGAGCUAUCCGACCAGGCCACGACCAGUCUACAGGAGCUGGGCGCGUGGGCCGAGGGUGACCACGAAAUCCGUUUCGAUGGGAGGGCCCCCCAGCCCGACCACAUCGUCAGCAGCCAGCAUCUGCUUGGCACCGACGAGGGUGAUGCAGACACACUUCUGUUGGACACGGUUCUGGCCGGCCACCUCGACUCUUUGCGUGACCUGCUGGGUCGUAUGACCACUGCAGCUGCAGCUGCCCGUGGCCAGAAUGACGGCACGGGGAACAGCCUGGACAUUGCACUUGCAGAGCGUGUCACACGUACCUUUCUGGCAUCAAUCAACGAGGGCUCACAAGAGGCACUGAAGUCCCUGAUCGAGACAAGACUUGUCGAUGUGCACAGCGAAGAUGACAUCAACGAAACUGCCUCCAUCAAGCCACCAUAUACGGCAACACCGGGUCCUGACGCGAUCGACCUCAUUGACCAUGACAACUUUACGCCUUUGAUUCAUGCCAUCAUACACGGUUACCUCGACUGUGUCAGCCGGCUUCUCGAAAAGUCUGCCCGUCUGGACCCCAUCUCCGAUACUGACCACGUUCCGCUCAACCUUGCCUGUGAGCAUGGAUCUGACGCCAUCGUCGAGCUACUCCUGAAAUACGGCGCCCGCAUCCUUCCUGAUGCAGAGGGCCUCUACCCACAGCACCUUGUUGCCCGAUCCGGUCGUGCGCCAACCCUGCUUCUUCUGCUACAGCAAUAUGGUGCCAACCUGAACCAGGUGGACAAGCUCUACGGCUGGACGCCACUGGUGCACGCUGCCAGCGAAGGCAACGUUCCCUGCUUACAGGCACUACUUGAGGCCGGCGUCGAUCCUAACAUCGUCGACGAAAAGGAUCUGCCUGCUAUGUACUACGCCGCAUGGGAGGGCAAUUUGGAGUGCAUGCAACUCCUGACAGCCAUCAACAGCAGACGAAGCCGCCCCCCGGUCUUUCAAGAAAGCCCAUUUGGCUUUCAGCCAUCUCCUGGCGUGCUAGGCUCUCUUGGGAGUGGAAGCAGUGCUCCUAUUCCCAUGGCAUUGGACCCCGACGCUAUCCCUGUGCUGGAGCUGCCACCCCCGAUCAUCCCACUGCGGCGCUACGGCCACAACUUCCUUGAUACGAAAACGGUUGUGCAGAUAAGCUUUGACGAUCAGAAUGGCGAACCGCCACUCGUAUUCUUCCACGACGGCAAAUACCCAGCAGCACGGCUGACGAUCUCAUCCAAGGUGGCCGAUUUGAUUCCCAAAAACAUCAUGUUGCCCUUCCAGGAGGACACACGGCUUGUGUCCUUCCAGGUUGACAACCUCGACUCUUUUGUCCUAGACUUUGAAGUGUUUCCCACGUACGGGGCCAAGAUCAUCGCAAAAACGGUGGCUUUGUCAAGUACGUUCCGCGCGUUGCUCAACAGCUCAGGCAACAGCUGCUGUCUUCCACUGUUCGACCCACGUCUGCGGGCCAUUGGCCAGAUCAGCUUCCACACACAAGUUGUCAAGCCUUUUCCCGGAAAGCCCCUGGAAAUUGCAGACUUCGAGACGUACUGGAAGGCCACCAGCCAGCUGGAUGGCCAUCCCAGCACUUUCAUCGCCGGCUCAAGCUUGUCGGGAGACUACGUGCGCGUCUAUGUUCAAAACACAAGAGACGGCGUACCUGUGUUGUGGCCGACGUGGACGGUCAACUGUGGAGGAGGAGGAGGGUGUGCAUCUACUCCUGGCACUUGCGGUGGUAUUGAUAUUCCGGUUGCCCGCCUGACCUACGACGAAUUCCUGACGGCCACGGCAGCCGGGCCCGGACGGUCGCAGCUGGCGAGCCUGCCAAAGUAUUCUGCUUGUGAUGCUGCCAUUGUACAUCAGGUACUUGCAGCUUCUGGCGUGACUCUUCGCGACGCCCUAGCGCUGCUGCCCUCCGGGAUGCACGUGAACCUAGAGCUCCUGUACCCCAGCGCCGACGAGGAGCGGGUGAUGGGGCUUGGUGGUUCGGGCAGCGUGGAUCUGAACGCAUUUGUGGACUCAGUGCUGGCUGUGGUGUUUGACCAUGCGCGAGCACAGCGGGCACACACUCCCGACGUGGUGCGGUCAAUGGUGUUCAGCUCAUACAACCCAAGCCUAUGCACGGCCAUCAACUGGAAGCAGCCCAACUUCCCUGUCUUCCUGUGCAACGACCUGGGACGCGAGGACGACGCUACGGUAGCAACCAUCGUGCCGGAGGCGAUAUUGAGUAGCGGCCGACGCACAGCAUCGGUCAAGGAGGUGGUGCGGACGGCGCAGAGCAACAACUUCAUGGGGCUGGUGUGCAGUUCGAGGCUACUGGAUAUGGUCCCGGCCCUAGUGGACGCGAUCAAGUCUCAGGGGCUGAUCUUGGUAGUAGACAAGUCGGCCGAGCAACCGCGAGGGUUCGGCCCACUGCCAAAGGGCAUCGACGGUGUGCUGAAGAGCGACGGUGUGUUGCGAUUUAACGAGUCGAUCGACAUGGAAAUGGACACGGCGGAGGAGGGAGAACUGACUGGCGGCUGGUAG